AAUGGUCCACACUGAGCAGGAUGACUGAAUUAUGAUUUUAUGUCCUUUUAUGAUGCAUUCUGGGAAAACAAAACCCGACGAGGAGACCCUGGACAGCAAAGAACAAAGGAUCGCAUGUGGUAUUAGGACAUGUCCAACAUGUUCUCACAGCUCUCUGAUUUACUGAGAAGGAAUGCUUACUGAGUCUUUUCUAAUAAUUGACGUAAAUCACUGGAUCAAACAUCUCCAUGGAGGAAUUACAGGAGACUUCUAAUGUGUGUGCGCGCGCAGAGGGAUGCCCUAGCUCCACAUGAGCCGUGAUAGAUUGGAGUACUUUUAUGGAAAUUGCUUGGAAAUUUCAGCUCAGCUGAAAGAAAUCCGGGCAGCAAUAAUCCCACAGCACCACACACACACACACAUAGAAGCCACCGCUGGCGAUCUGUGUGUCUCUGCAAUAAGUGGCUGAUAAAAGCAAUAAAUUGUCUAAAAUAAAUACAGUCAUCCGGCUGUGCGCUAUGGGCGACGAGGCGUCAAACUUCAGGGGCAGCAGCAGGACCGGUGUUUCAUCACCUAAAGCCAGGACUGGUGAGGAUCAAGGCAGAUAGGAGAUUCUUGGCUAAACUAACCCUGAUCUCGACAGCAGACAAUGAGAUUAAAGAUCUGUGGAUAACUUAUUAGAUGAUCACUGUGACAGUUUUUGAUGUUAUUCAGAAAACAGGAGUCAGAUCUGUGCUGUGCUGGACUUGGACACUUUGAUUUGUUCGCUCGGAGAUCAGAGAGGGACAUGAGACGUUUUGUGCUUGAAAUAAACGAAUACAGCCAUAGCAUUUAAUCAAUAAGUUCACAGAGGGAUCUUUAUUUUUGAUUAUUUUUGCACUAUGAUGGAACCACCACCAUGCUCAAAGAAAAGCCUGUCCCUAUCGCUCCCGGUUCCCCGGGAAGGACAGGCGACUCUGAAGCCUCCGCAGCAUCUUUGGAGGCAACCCCGAACCCCGAUCAAAAUUAAACACCGGGGCUACUCUGACACCGACCGGCAUCACCACCGGCACAUGGAGCGCUCCGACGCCGUGGAUACGAGCGACCGACCAGGGCUGAAAAAGUCUCGGAUGUCUUGGCCGUCCUCCUUUCACGGGACCACAAACACAUCCAUUGGAAACUGUGUCGGGAAUAAACGCUUCGAUUCAGAAAAUGGUCCCUCGCCAGGCCGAAGUCCCAUGGACUCGCAGGCGAGUCCUGGGUUGGUGCUCCACCCUUCUUUCCCUCAGAGCCAGCGCAGAGAGUCCUUCCUCUACCGUUCCGACUCCGACUAUGACACGUCGCCCAAAACCAUGUCACGCAACUCCUCCAUCAACAGUGAGGGGCACGCCGAAGACAUGAUUGUCACCCCUUUUGCUCAGGUGUUGGCCAGCCUACGAACCGUAAGAAGCAACUUCACCAUCCUCGCCAAUGUCACAACACCCACUAACAAGAGGUCACCAGUGACAAGCCAACCCACUGUUCCCCAAGCUACACUCUCUGAGGAGACAUACCAGCAGAUGGCUCGGGAGACUCUGGAGGAACUGGACUGGUGUCUGGACCAGCUGGAGACCAUUCAGACCCACCGCUCAGUCAGCGAGAUGGCCUCUAACAAGUUUAAGAGAAUGCUGAACCGGGAGCUGUCCCAUUUGUCAGAGAUGAGUCGCUCAGGGAACCAGGUGUCAGAAUACAUCUCCACUACUUUUCUAGACAAGCAGAAUGAGGUGGAGAUCCCAUCCCCAACUUUGAGAGAGCGGGAGAAGCCCAUGUGUCACAUCAGCGGUGUGAAGAAGCUCACGCACAGUUCCAGCCUUUCCAACUCCACCAUGCCUCGCUUCGGCGUUAAGACUGAACAUGAGGAUUCAUUAGCCAGGGAACUGAACGAUUUAAACAAGUGGGGCCUUAAUAUCUUUCGUGUGGCUGAGUUCUCGAAUAACCGACCACUCAGCUGCAUAAUGUUCGCCAUCUUCCAGGAAAGAGAUCUACUGAAGACCUUUCGGAUCCCUGUGGAUACUUUUGUCACCUAUGUGAUGACCCUGGAGGACCACUACCAUGCCAAUGUGGCCUACCACAAUAGCCUCCACGCUGCAGAUGUCACUCAGUCCACUCAUGUUCUUCUAUCUACACCGGCUCUUGAUGCUGUGUUUACUGAUCUUGAGAUACUUGCUGCGUUAUUUGCUGCCGCCAUCCAUGAUGUGGACCACCCUGGAGUGUCAAACCAAUUCCUCAUAAACACCAACUCAGAGCUAGCCCUGAUGUACAAUGAUGAAUCUGUAUUAGAGAACCAUCACCUAGCUGUGGGCUUUAAGCUGCUCCAUGAGGACAACUGUGACAUCUUCCAGAACCUUAGCAAGAGGCAAAGACAAAGCCUGAGAAAACUUGUAAUAGAUAUGGUUUUGGCAACAGAUAUGUCUAAACACAUGAGUUUGCUGGCAGACCUCAAAACUAUGGUAGAAACCAAGAAAGUGACAAGUUCUGGAGUACUGCUGCUUGACCAUUACACUGAUCGGAUACAGGUGUUGAGGAAUAUGGUGCACUGUGCAGACCUGAGCAAUCCAACGAAACCCCUGGCUGUGUAUCGACAAUGGACGGAGAGAAUCAUGGAGGAGUUCUUCAGGCAGGGAGAUAAGGAGAGAGAGCGGGGGAUGGAGAUCAGUCCCAUGUGUGACAAACACACUGCGUCUGUGGAAAAAAGCCAGGUGGGCUUUAUUGACUACAUUGUCCACCCACUGUGGGAGACAUGGGGGGACCUUGUGCACCCUGAUGCCCAGGACAUCUUGGACACUCUAGAGGACAACAGGGACUGGUACCAGAGCACUAUUCCACAAAGCCCUUCGCCUCCUCCUGUAGGCCAAGAUAAGGAGUUAAUUGACAAGUUUCAGUUUGAGCUCACCCUCGAAGACAGCUCUCCGAGAGAGCAGGAAGAGGAGGGUGACAAACCAACACUAAACCAUGUUGAACAAGACUGCAGUCAAGGGGAGGAAGAGGAGGGCAAAAAAGAGGAAGAGGAAGACACAAUGGCAGAGGAGGAAAAUGAAGACAUAAUAGAGGAAGAAGAUGAGGUGGCAAUGGAGGAAGAGGAGGUGGAGGAGGAGCAGGAGGAGGAGCUGAAAGCUCAUUUGGAGGUGAGAUCUGAAAAGGAGAGACUUUCUGACACAAGUCCUGUAGAGGAAGAGGAAGAUUCUUCUUCACAAGCUGAAGAUACAUGAGUUCUGCUCCUGUAUCUCCCUCAUCACUUGCACACAUUAUCUUGUUCAUCCUUUCAAUGGCCAAACCAAGAACAAAUAAGACUGCAAAGACGAUUCAGAACUUUGAAUAUAUUUUUCAAAAAAGGGAAUAAAUUAAAAUCGCUCAAAGAGAAGGUAAUUACACAGCAACUGUAGAUUUGGAGUGUGAAAAGUCCUUGGACUUAUUUCACAAUGAACUUUAGACCAAGAGGAAUUUAAGAGAGAAUUUAAGAUGGGCAUCUGAAGAAAGCGUAGCACUCUGGGACUGGAAUGCACACAAAUAAACACACAUCAAGUGACACACAAUAGCAUACGGUAGGGAUAAAUCAUGCAAUGUGUGUAAGCGCAUGCUUCUGUCAUGCUUUAUAACUGGAUCCCUCUUAUUUGCAAAUGCACAGGACACACAGACACACACCCACACACACACUUGACGUAAUGUUUGUAUGUGUGCAUUAACAUGGGGGCCAUUGAUCAUGUAAUGAAUCUCUUUGGAAAAAGCCAUCUCUCAAUGGAGUAUUAACUCGUGUUCAGUCAGUAUUAGUAAUUCAUGUUUGUUAGAACCUCAACAGAAACUGUUCUCCUCAGAAAAGCUACAUGUCAGAGUGACUUUUUUUCCAUUUCUGUCGGAAAGAAAAAUAAGAAUAUCCACAGAGGAGGAUAUUGAAGGAAAGAAGGAUGCUGCGAUGAGGGGGCCGCAUGGCCCCACACCCCUUUUCCCUUUACAAGGAGUGCUACUGGUGCAAGAUGGCUCUGUGCCUUUCAGAAACACCAGCUUCCUGAAUGGAGCUGUCGUGAAGCAAUGCAUUGUGGGCUGGGAGUGUCUGGUUUGUUAUCAUUUUUGAUUGUCUCUUGUUAAGAUCUCUCUUUACUGUUCAUGAUGUUGUGGUGUGUAUCUCAUACGUACAGUUUCUGUGGUGAUAUGUUUUAAGCUGUAAGUCUUCCUUUGUUGCUCUUCUGGUAAUAUAAAACUCAGAACUCUAGAUGCAGAGCAAUCACUACCCGCCACCACAACCACCAGUGGACUCUUUUUCAGCUUAUAGUUUUUUUCUUAGUAGAAUGAUUUUUUUCAGAUAAUAAGCCAUGUGAUGCUUUGAAGCAUAUUUUUUGCCUACUUUCUAUUCGCUAAAUAUGUUGAAGGGAUAUCGAUUUAUUUCAUAAGCGGAACAAAUUAUCACCUGCCAUCUGACACCCUAUUGCACUGUGUGUUUAUGUCUCCUCAAACAUAAUGAUUCUCACCAAAGUAAAGGAUGAGAUACUCUGGAAGUUUGUCAGUGGAAGUGGCAAUUUGUAGAAACAUGGAAAAAAUUGAAAAUCAGGGAGGCGGAAUGUCAAGGGAAAGAAGUGCAACUUGGCCAAAUGGUGGUCUGGCAGCCUCUAAUCAUCCCUGUUAUGUUUGAUGCUUUUUGCCUUAAUGUGAGAUGCAGGGAACAUACCUGCCAGUAUGUAGAUUUACAAGAUAUAAAAUAGAUAUCCUAGUAUAUUUAUAUCAUGUCCGUAUGCUUAUUUCUGUGUGUAUCAGUGCGUCUAUACACAAUGUAUCCAGCAUUGCAUUUGGAGAGAAAAAGGAAACAUCGCCAACAAUAAGUUUGCUUUGCUGGGACCAACAUAAAGAAUGUGCUGUUUUUUUAAUAAUGAUGGUAAAUGACUAUUUUAUAGCUACCUGGAGGCAUGCGGAGGAAAUGGAAAAGGGUGUUUAGAGUAUUUCAGGAGAUAGAGAAGAAUCAGGAUGUCCUCUGUUUGAAUCUGACCAGAUAUUAACUUACUGACACGGUCAAGUUGACGUGCAUAUAUUUUUAUUUGCUUGUUGGUUAAUUGUGUUGUCAUGAGCAGGGGACUGAGUAACCAAAAAAGAGAGUGCAGGAUGUGUAAGAUGUUGUCAUAAGUGUCAUUUUUCCCUCACCCUUGUGGCAUCACCACAUCUUGUGUUCAAGAUUUGAUUAGCACAGCUUAAACAGGUCACAGGUUUGUUUAGGUGUUUGUUUUUCACAGGGUACAAAAUAUGAAAACAUAUACGUAUAUAGGAAAAACAUGGGUGUGGUUGUUGUGAAGGUAAGAGCGAGUUUCUGCAGGUCAGUAACCGAGUCUAUCUGAAGACACCACAGCAUUGUGCAACAGAAACCUGUGUGUUUGACCUGCUCCAUCGCAGGAUGGAGCAGAGCUGCGGGGCCACCACACAGGCUUUCCUAUUGGUAAUGGGAAUUCAGGAUUACUAUUACGAUUCGUAUAGAGAUUCCCAUAUGCAUUGGCCUUUUACUUUGAUGAUGUUGCUUUGUUUUUGUGGCUUCUUGUUAUAUCAUAAGCUAUAAAAACAUUACUAAUUAAUUGCCAUACAAACACAAUACUGUAGCAAUUGUUUCUUAUUAAGAAAAUUAUUCAACUGAUUGAUUGCUGCCAUUCUUUUUAAAUGAUGAAAAGAAAACCAUGGUAAGUGUUUUCUUUGAACAGUUUGUGUACAGUUUAUUUUUAUAUCAUUCUGGUAGAUGGUCUGGAAAAUAAAUCAAGUACUGAUGAUAUAGCUAUAAGCAUUACCACACUUGUAUAUAAUGUAAUAUUGGAUUGUAAAUUAUAAAUUUAUCCAAGUCAAAAUUAUUGACAAAUGACCACUUAAGGUUGUUAAGUGAAGCACUGCAGGCCACAACCCAGACUUUUUACUUCUAUGAUCAUGUUUUUGUUCACUUGUGUAAACAUUUUGUCACUAUUUUUAAGUGUGCACAUUUAUUGUUCAAAUCAAAUCUAUUUGUACCAGCACUUUAUUUCAUCAGGUCUAGAGGCAGACAGUGGUUUUCAGGUAGUGUGUGGUCUCUGCUGGUGGUUUGGUCAUUAGAGGUCACCUAUUGAUUAUUUACCAUUUGACCGACUCACAAACUUUCAUCAUGCAGUAAUUGAUGUUAACCUCUGCUCUAGAGGCAUAAACAAACUAACAAAACAUUGUCAAUUAAUAGUCCAUGUGAGAUUAAACUUAUUUGACUGAUAAGGUCAAAUCUAUGCUAAGGAAGUCACAUAAAAUGUGAUAUGUUCAAAGGAAAUAAAUGUGUCCUUAUCCAACUUGGCCAUUUCUAGUACAACACCACCUCUUUUUCUUAGUAACUUUAAAUCACUAGCCUACUAGCCUAAAUGUUCGUCAAAUGGUGACCAAACUAGCUGGUAACCAUAAAGUUACUUUGUCGCAGACUGAUUCCCUCUGUGAAUAAUUCUCUGGGCUUUAAUACAUGUGUUUGUUCACAAGUAAGAAAGAUUAUACAAGGGAAAAAAACAACAUGAAAUGAUUGUAAUAUUUGUAAAUGAUCUUGCUGUAAUGUGUAAAAUGUGUCCAAGUUAUUUUUUAUUAUAUUAUUUUUAUGAAACUUUUCCCUCCUAACAGAACUGAGGUGUCAUUUUGUGAAUAAAUGCAUUUAAUAAGCAAACAUCUAUAUAUAAAACAAUACUAUAGUA